GGCGUUCAGGUGGCCGCCGGAGAUCGGUGCGGUCCGCAUCUCCGCUUGCUGCCCGCCCGGCCCGGCGCGCCCGCAGCUUUAGCCAUGCUGUUCUGGCACACGCAGCCCGAGCACUACAACCAGCACAGCUCCGGCAGCUACCUGCGUGAUGUGCUCGCCUUACCCAUCUUCAAGCAGGAGGAGCCCCAGCUGUCCCCCGAGAAUGAGGCCCGCCUGCCACCCCUGCAGUAUGUGUUGUGUGCUGCCACAUCCCCAGCUGUGAAGCUACACGAAGAGACACUGACCUACCUCAAUCAAGGUCAGUCCUAUGAAAUCCGACUGCUGGAGAAUCGGAAGCUGGGAGACUUCCAGGAUCUGAGUACAAAAUAUGUCAAGAGCAUCAUCCGUGUGGUUUUCCAUGACCGCCGGCUGCAGUACACGGAGCACCAGCAGCUGGAGGGCUGGAGGUGGAGCCGGCCCGGGGACCGCAUCCUGGACAUUGAUAUUCCACUGUCUGUUGGUAUCUUGGACCCCAGGGCCAGCCCGACACAGCUGAACGCAGUCGAGUUUUUGUGGGACCCUGCGAAGAGAGCUUCUGCCUUCAUUCAGGUGCACUGUAUCAGCACAGAGUUCACCCCAAGGAAGCACGGGGGUGAGAAGGGGGUGCCUUUCCGAGUGCAGAUCGACACCUUUAAGCAGAAUGAGAACGGGGAGUACACGGAGCACUUGCACUCAGCCAGCUGCCAGAUCAAGGUGUUCAAGCCAAAGGGAGCUGACCGAAAGCAGAAGACUGACCGGGAGAAGAUGGAGAAAAGAACUGUCCAAGAGAAGGAAAAGUACCAGCCGUCCUAUGAAACCACCAUCCUCACAGAGUGCUCUCCCUGGCCCGACGUGGCCUACCAGGUCAACAGUGCCCCGUCCCCAAGCUACAAUGGCUCUCCAAACAGCUUCGGCCUCGGCGAAGGCAACAACUCUCCCACCCACCCGUUGGAGGCCCUGCCCAUGGGUAGUGAUCACCUGCUCCCGUCGGCCUCUAUCCAAGAUGCCCAGCAGUGGCUCCACCGCAACCGGUUCUCACAGUUCUGCCGCCUCUUUGCCAGCUUCUCAGGGGCCGACCUGCUGAAGAUGUCCCGGGAUGAUCUGGUCCAGAUCUGUGGCCCUGCGGACGGGAUCCGGCUCUUCAAUGCCAUCAAAGGCAGGAACGUGAGGCCGAAGAUGACCAUUUAUGUCUGUCAGGAGCUGGAACAGAACCGGGUGUCCCUACAGCAGAAGCGGGACGGGGGAGGGGACAGCAACCUGUGUGGGUGCAUGGAAGGGCCGAGGCACUUAAAAGAAGGCACUUGUCCCCCUCCUCCAGUGUACCACGCCAUCUUCUUGGAAGAGCUGACCACCUUGGAGUUGGUGGAGAAGAUCGCCAACCUGUACAGCAUCUCCCCCCAGCACAUCCACCGAGUCUACCGCCAGGGACCCACGGGCAUCCACGUGGUGGUCAGCAACGAGAUGGUGCAGAAUUUCCAAGAUGAAUCUUGUUUUAUCCUCAGCACAUUAAAAGCGGAGAGCAAUGACGGCUACCACAUCAUCCUGAAGUGCGGACUCUGAGCAGAAGCAGGACAGCUCGCCUCCAGCUCCCGGCGCACGGACCCCCUUGGAUGUUGACACUGCACCACUUUCAGCUGUGGCCUCGCCUGGCAAGCUGAGGCUAGGAGGGACCCUGCCCAAUCUAUGAAAGCUACAGACCAUCAGCAGCGGAGACCGCGGACUAAGUCCCCUUGCAGAAAGCCGGUGGCUUCUCUCUCUUCCUCUCGGCCUUCAGUUUCUGAGCGGCUCCUUGUCCUUUUUCCCAGCCCUGGCAUUCUAAAGAGGCAAGCAGUGGGUGCAACGUUUCUGAAACUCAGGCUCUUGACCUCAUUGAGUAUCUCGGAGCCAUGUGUGCUGGGACUUCUGCCCGCCCUCUGCCUCCAGAGAAAGCUCUGCCUCACCGCGUACCAUCACCUCCUGCUCCGGGAGCUGGGUCUGUGAUCAGUGCCCCCUGAGCCUGUGGGGGCAGUUUUCCCCUUCUACUGUCUUGGGGUUGCUUCACUUCUUAGUGACCUGGUGACAUCCAUCUGUUACUCUGUGCCUUGUGCCUCUUUCACCUUGACCUUAUGUCUGAGGACCUGCUGCUGCCUCAGCGUGGUAGACACCACCGUGUGUGUAAGAGCUGUCUAAACACGCUAGUGCUGAGGUUCCUCAGGGGAUUUGGGGGUGCGGUGGGAAUAGAAAAACUAUUUUCAGGCUCAUACUCACGAAUAGAAAAGGGAACAAAAUUAUUCUUCUUGAAUUAGUUCAGUAUGAUUUUAUUUCUGAGUAAUCGUGGGUAAGGAGGAUGAGGAGAUGAGCAUUCCAUUGUAUUAUGGGAUAACCUUGACUUUCGAAACACUGGGGCCUCUGGGCUGGCCUUACAAAAUCCCAUUUAGAGAAGUUGGUUACUCACUGAGGACAGUGUAUUUCGGGUGGGAGACUCAAAUUUAAGUUUUUCUCAUUUUUCAUUUGUACUGCCUUUGUCUAGGGUAUUUUACCUGCGUCGGAAUGGUUGGAUCACCUUUCUUAAUAGGCUGUGGGGAGAUUUGAGUGUCUGUCACUGUGCUAGACUCAGGAAUUAGUCUUUAUUUUGUCUCUGGUUCCUGGGAUCCUGUGGCUCAGGGCUUCAGCUCUUUGCUAAUGUAAAUUCAUCUUCCAAACCUGUGACUACCAGGUAAGAUUUUACAGCUUCUUCUAAAAUACUGCUUUUGUGGAAAAUAGUGCUAGGCUCAAAGAUUGCUGGAACUAGGUAGCUCUUGUUUUAUAGACGGGGAGACUGAAGCCCAGAGGUACAGUCUCCUGUGUGGUGUCACUUAAAUUUAUACAAACCAGAACACUUUUGAGAGUGAAAGGAGCUCUUGUAGUAACUUGUGUUGGGACCACAGCUGUGGUCCUGCAGUGUGAAAACAGGCUCUGUACAGUCCUGUGAUUUUUAG